CCGAUCUUGUUCAUCGCAAGCUUUUCGUUCGUUUUAUUAACUGAGAAGUUAUUUUUAUUUGGUUACAGAGAUACUUUCAUUUUUCCAAAGAAUUUGAUUAUUAAAUGAUAGCAACUCAUAAUUGAAAAUUGCUUAUCUAUAAUUCUGAGGUAUAAAUGUGUAAUUUGAAAUUGGUUUUACAGUGAAAAAUGUUCAAAGGUAGUUCCAUCUUCCCCCUUCUCUGCAUUCUUUCUGAGUAUUGAUUAUGAUAUAUUUUUGUCUUAAUUUUUAUUUGAAAGAAGUUUUUACCUUUUUUUUUGGUGCAGACAAGCUACCGUAUUCUAUUAGGAUUCUUCUUGAGUCAGCCAUCCGGAACUUUGAUAACUUCCAGGUCAUAAAGAAUGAUGUCGACAAGAUUAUUGACUGGGAGAAUACCUCCCCAAAGCAAGUUGAGAUUCCAUUUAAGCCUACACGUGUUCUUCUGCAGGAUUUUACUGGUGUGCCAUCUGUUGUCGAUCUGGCCUGUAUGCGAGAUGCUAUGAACAAGCUAGGAAGUGAUUCUAAUAAGAUCAAUCCAUUGGUUCCAGUAGAUCUUGUGAUUGACCACUCUGUGCAGGUAGAUGUGGCAAGAUCUGAAAAUGCAGUUCAGGCAAACAUGGAACUUGAGUUCCAGAGGAACAAGGAGCGAUUUGGUUUCCUUAAAUGGGGGUCUACUGCUUUCCACAAUAUGCUUUGCCGUUACUACAUUCUUAUAUGUGUUGUUUGUCUUCUGAGGAUGAAGUUGAAAAGACUCUAGACGCAGAAAGUGUUGUUUCAAUUUUAAAAGGUGAGAAGAAGAAUCUGCGUCGAAAAGAGAAGCGUGCUAGGAUCGACCAAAUAAGAGUAACCCUUGGCCUUUCGGAUUCACAAAGAACUCCAAUGGUGGCUAUGAUCGAGGAAUAUCUGCGGGCAAACAAGAUGUUUGUUGAUUAUAGUGAGGUAGACGUAAUUUCCUCUCUAACUUAGGUACACAUAUCACAUCCUAGAAUUGGCUGAUAACUUAUUUUGUUAUCGAAAAUCAGCCUCAGAAGGAAAGAUUAUACUCGUCCUACCUGGAGUUGGACCUUGCUGAACUGCAUUCUUGAUGUAUGAAAUAUGUAUGUUUUUAAAGUUGAUUAUUGAGUUAUACAUGUGGAUAUAGAUCUUUUAUGAGAUGUAUAUGUGAGAUAUUAGUUAUGAAAUGUGAAAUUUGAAUUUAUGCAAGUUUCUUUAAAUGUUUGUGAAAUUUUGAUUGUAAAAAUUUUGAAUGUAGUGUAUGGAUGUAUGCGAGA